CAGCCAGAUAGACGACCAGCGAACUGAGAAGAGUGGUUUCGUCGACCAGACGAAAGAGAGAGAGACGCCACCACUGAGAUAGAGGAGCCACCGCCGUCGGAUUGUCGAAGCCCACCGGCCACCGCCGUUUCGUCGGGCAUCGCGGUUUCUGGCGGCUCGACGAGAACAGGCCAGCCGCGAAUAUUUUCCUCGCCCGCUCAUCUUCAAACUGCUAAACUCUACGAUUAAAAAAAAAAAAAGAGUCGAAAACCUUUCCGCCCAAAAUAAAAACCGGGAACUGGGCUUUCGGGGUUUAGGGUUUAUCGAGUGCUGAAGCCUGAAAUCCACUAGAUAACCACCAACUACAGUUUCGCAAACCACCGCGGGAUCGGCUUCCUACUGAAACGGAAACCGACUGAGCUGAAGAACCAUCGUGAGAGUUAGAUGGACCUCGACGACUUCGACGACGUGGACGCGCCGAAGCAGGCUCCCGCGCGAGCUGCCAAGUUCUUGCCGAAAUCCUCCAGGUUCAAACCGCAACCGAAGGGGAAAACGGCGGCGCAGUCUUCAUCGAAGCCGGAGGACUCUGUCGCCAAAACUGAGCCCCAAGAACCGCUACCAUCGGCGCUACCAUCGGCUCCGGCAAGUAAAGAAGAGGAUGAAGACAUUAAACCUAAAUUGGAUGCGGCGGCCAAGGCGGAAGCGGAGGCAUGGCUGGAGAUGGAAGUUGAUGCUGCAAAGCGAGAGGCGGAAGACGGGAAUGAUCACAUGGAUGUUGAUGGAGGGGAGGAAGGAAAAGAAGAUGAUGAUGUGAUUGUUCGUGAGAUCGACGUAUUUGUGACUCCCUCAGUUGACACUGACACACAGUUGUAUGUUCUACAAUAUCCUUUGAGGCCACGGUGGAGGCCGUAUGAAUUGGAUGAUCGUUGUAGAGAGGUUAGAGUGAAACCUUCCACAUCAGAAGUCGAGGUUGAUUUAUCCAUUGAUGAUUCUAUGAAUUGGGAUGCCGAUUAUGCAAGAGCAUUAGAGAUGACUAAGCGGACUUUGUCAUCUGUGUGGGCACCUCCUACUGCACGUGCUGGCUAUGCUGUUGGAGUUCUUAUUGGUAACAAGCUACAUCUGAAUCCUGUUAAGGCAGUGGUGCAGCUUCGACCUUCUCUGAAGCACGUUGAGUCCAAAGACGCUGGUAUUGCUAUUAAACAAGAAGAAUCCAGUCAGACAAAACGUGCUGGUCCAUCAAAAAAGCAGAUCACAAAGACAGAGACUGUAAAUGGGCAAGUUUCGGAUGCUGGAGAGACCUGGGUUCCACUUAAGUAUCAUGACUCCAAAAGUGACAUGUCUUCCACAUAUAUGGAGAAAAUGGUGACACAAGAGCAUUCUCCCAUAGAUUUCACAAUGAGUUCGUAUGACUAUAUGAGUUCAAUGUGUCCUGGAGCAUCCAACAGCGCUGAUAAGCCUAAAGGUCCUUCCAGAAGGUUUUUGCUUUCGUUGCCGCUUGAAGAGCGCAUACAGAAAUUGCUCAUGGAGGGACCCGCACUUCAGAAGUUUGGCGCUAUUAAGCACUUUGCUCCAGAAAGCUCGAGUGAAGACCUCUUAACAAUGCUAGAGGAGCAUGGGCAACUAGUGCAGGGACUUUGGACUGCAAAAACAUCUUUGUUGGUCCCUCCAAACGAUAGACCUAAACAUCUGGCUAGGGAUUAUGUUCUUCUUAAAUUUAAUGAAGGUCUAGAGAUCAGCUCUUCCAUAAUAAGAGUCCAUCCAAAGUUUCAAGAAGAUAUGAAACUCUUCCUGAAUACAUUUGGUGUUGAAAGACCCUCUUUGGGGGAUUGGAAGUUCAAGGAGCAAACAGACUGGUCAUUUAUAAAACAGUUCCCUCGUGUUGUUGAAAAGUACAAGAAGUCUUAUGAAAGUGCAUGGAAAAACAUCAGUGAAAUACUUAGUAAAGUUGGCAGGGUGGGUUCUAGCAACAAGAGCACAGCAAGGGGAAAUGUGCCAAGUAAUCCUGCAAAAAAAUUGGGUUCUGAUAAAAGCACAGCAACAAGAACAGCUGCUUCAAUGCCUACAAAGGGAAGCAUAACUCGAGAAACUCAAGAAGUUCUGAAAAAGGUCUUACCAAAGAUUUUCCAGACUCACAAGGUUUGCAGGUAAUGUAUUGAUCACUUUUGACAUUUUGAAUCUAGUUGGAUCUUUUUGGUGGUUCAACUUGAAGCUCUGUCCACUUUGACUCAUUAUCUUCUAGAACUGAACAGCUUUCUGGACAUAUGAGGUUGAAACAAGGAAACUGGAAUUCUCUCAAACCAUUAUGGCUUGGGGGGUUUUAACUUUUUAGUUUAGCCGUGUGUUCAAAGAGUUGGUGUCAGUUGAAUAGUUUAUUCUCUUUCCCAAGCAUUAUGAAGUUUUCUUUUUUAUUUUGUAGUUACCAAUUCAUUUGCCAAAAUUUGAGAGACCAGGCUGUCCAGACGGCUACUCUUCCAAAGGCUGACCCGAGAGUAGCCAAGGCCGCAGCAUCUGCUGCUGAUGCUCCCCAAGAAGAGUUUGAAGAAGUGAUAAAUGAAUAUGCGACCAAAAUUCAUGGUUUUUAUGUCUUGAAAUCAUCGCCUGACCACCCAGAAUUUGACCCAUUGAGGAGAGUUGUCAUGGAUCUUCUCAUGGCUAGAGGGCCUAAUGCAAAGCUUAAGAAGGCCGAAAUCAUGGAGGCAGCUCAGCUCGCACUCAAAAGAACAGUCCCUAACAAUGAGUACCAGAAGGUAGUUACAGAACUUUGUGAAUCAAAAGGUUCUGCUUGGAUGUUGAAAAGUGGAGACGGGAAGCCAUCAUGACGAUCGUAGAAUCUGGACUCGGUGUAUUUUUCUAGUGCACCUAGGAGAGAACCCACUGAAUCUAAUUUACAAUGUUGGACCUUGAUGCCCUUUUCUCGGUACGUAUAUAGAUAUAUUUGCUUCCAAAAGAAGUUAGAAACUUUGGGUACUUGGUUAUGCGCAAUCUGAAUCGAAAUGUCAAUAUUAUGGUAUCAAUUGAAGAUCACUGUAAGAGAUGUUCUUGCUGGUU